AUGGCUCAGAAACCGUUCGUUGUAAUCACCGAGCAACCGCAAUCGAAAGCCUUGCGGUUUCGUUACGAGUGCGAAGGACGAUCAGCUGGUUCGAUUCCGGGGGUGAGUAGUACUGCAGAGCAGAAGACAUUUCCCACAAUCGAAAUCCGCGGAUACAAGGGUCGAGUGGUUGUGGUAGUUUCGUGCGUCACCAAGGAUCCACCCUAUCGGCCCCACCCGCAUAAUCUCGUCGGCAAGGAGGGUUGCAAAAAAGGCGUCUGCACGGUGGAAAUCAACAGCAACAGCAUGAGUUAUACGUUCAGUAAUUUGGGCAUUCAGUGUGUGAAGAAAAAGGAUAUCAAGGAUGCACUUCGAUUGCGAGAGGAGAUUCGGGUGGAUCCUUUCAAGACCGGUUAUGGCCAUGGAAGGCAACCGGCGUCGAUUGAUCUUAAUGCGGUGAGGCUCUGUUUCCAGACAUUUUUGGAAGGACAACAGCGAGGACAUUACACGGAGCCUCUAGUGCCGGUGGUUUCCGACAUAAUCUACGACAAGAAAGCCAUGUCCGAUUUGGUGAUAUGCAAGCUUAGUCACGUAGCAGCAACGAUGGCUGGUGGAAAGGAAGUCAUCCUGCUGUGUGAGAAGGUAGCCAAAGAAGAUAUAGCCGUUCGUUUUUACGAGGAACAUCAAGGCAACAUUUUGUGGGAAGAUCAAGGUGAGUUUCAACACUCUAAUGUGCACAAACAGGUGGCAAUAAGUUUUCGAACGCCACGGUAUCGAUCACUAGACACCGAGCGAUCCGUGAUGGUAAACAUUCAGCUAAGGAGACCAUCGGAUGGUGCGACCAGUGAACCGGUUCCUUUCGAGUUGAUUCCGGUGGAUUCCGACAAUUUUUGCAAGAAACGAAAACGGUCCCAGUUCAGCAGUUAUGAAAUAACCGAUCCAUCUGAUCAGCGGAUGAAACCACCGGGACCAUCUAUCAAGCCGGAACCACAAGAUUCACACCUCCAGCAGUACUUCACCACUCAAGUCACUUAUCGUAAUCCGGCCCAGUCUCCUCAAGGCAGUACAACGCCAAUGGCAGCUGCUUCACCAUACGAUGGUGCGAUCGGAUAUCAACCGGGCCCAAGCAAUGAUUACUACAUGACUAAUCAACGGUAUCAGUACAACAACUUUUCAGUUGCCACCGGUGCUGCCAAUGGCAUGACAAUGUAUCAGCAGCAGCAGCAGCAACAACAACAACAGAUGCAUCAGCAAAAUCACUACCAGCAAUCGGGAGUACAGUUCGGUAUGAACAAUCUGGGCAAUGGCGGUGCUCUGUCUGUGAACAAUCAGCCUGGAUUCAACUCGAUUCCUCAGCACGUGCCAGAUAACUUUGACUGCCUGCUGGACAUGGAAUUGGGUAGGGCGUUUCCGCUGAAUUCGUCAGAGAUCAAAACCAUGAUGGGAAACAUUGCCGGCCAGAAUCGGAUGCUGCAUGACGAGGAGAAUCUUUCGAACAGCUUUACCAAGCUGACGACGAAUAACAUGAAUGAUUUGAAUAAGUGA